AGCGUUUGAAACCGAAACAACCUUAGAUGAAGAAGAGACAUUAGUACUCGUCGUGUAGCCAUAUUAGGCAAUAACGAAACUUCUUCGCUAAUCUCUUCAUCUUCUCUACGCGUUUCACUUCCACUUUAUAAAUCCAAAUCUCUCUUCAGAAACCUAAUCACACAAAUCCCUUUCUUAAUCUUAAAUUCUUCUUCAAUAAUCACACCAUGGUACGUUUUAGUAACAGCCUUAUAGGAAUACUCAACUUCUUCGUCUUCCUCCUCUCGGUUCCGAUUCUCUCAACAGGAAUCUGGCUUAGCCUUAACGCCUCGACGCAAUGCGAGCGAUUUCUCGACAAACCCAUAAUCGCUCUCGGUGCUUUCCUCAUGAUAGUCGCAAUCGCUGGAGUCGUUGGAUCUUGUUGCAGAGUGACGUGGCUUCUCUGGUUCUAUCUAUUUGUUAUGUUCUCCUUAAUCGUCAUAGUCCUCUGUUUCACCAUCUUCGCCUUUGUGGUCACUAGUAAAGGCUCCGGUGAAACUAUCCCUGGAAAGGCUUAUAAGGAGUAUAGGCUUGAGACUUACUCUGAUUGGUUGCAGAAGCGUGUGAACAACGCUAAACAUUGGAACAACAUUAGAAGCUGUCUUUAUGAGAGCAAGUUCUGUUCUAACUUGGAGUUAUACGCUGCUCGUGAGCCUGUUUCUGCUUUCUACAAAGAGGAUCUCACUCCUCUUGAGUCUGGUUGCUGCAAGCCCUCUAAUGACUGUAACUUCAUCUACAUAAAUGCAACAAGUUGGAACAAAACAUCAGGAACACAAAAGAACUCAGAUUGCCAACUUUGGGACAACGAAAAGGAUAAGCUUUGCUACAAUUGCCAAGCAUGCAAGGCUGGUUUUCUCGACAACCUCAAGAGCUCAUGGAAAAGAGUUGCUAUUGUCAACAUCAUUUUCCUUGUACUCCUCAUUAUCGUCUACGCUAUGGGAUGUUGCGCCUUCCGAAACAACAAAGAAGAUAGUUAUGCCCGUUCCAAUGGUUUCAACAAUCCUUGAUUUCGCCGGUUUUUAUUCUCGUUAGGAUUAUGCUAGUCUUUGUUCAAGACUUUGAUUUUUCAUUAAUAAGUCAUUUAACAUUUAUUAUAGCAAACACAGCUUUCAAAAUUUAAGAAACAGUAGAAUGGAAGAAUCUUGAAUUUAGUCUAGUUGGUGAUGUGUUUGGAUUUCUUCUGUUGAUUUGUGUUGGACAGAAGAGGAUUCUUCAGAUCUCUGUUACAGAUAAUUGUGUUUGAAGAAUCUUCUAUAUGAAUCUUUACUUCUGAGUUCUGAUCAUUGUCUCUCUGAUCUUGAUUAAUCAUAACAUCUUUUGCUUUACCCCA